CCUCUCUCUCUCUCUCACCCCCCCCCCCGCCGAUGACAUCCGAGCUCCAUUUCUCCUUCCCUCUCCUCCACUCUCCAAACCCACAUAAAAAAUCUCAUCCCAAUUCUUUUAAAACCCCCCAGCCCUUCAAAUCCAACAAAUUAAUCCCCAAAACUGUUCUCAAUCCCCACAUAAAUGAACCCAUCAAGCUGAGGAGGAGGAGGAGGAGGUGGAGCUUCGCGCUGGUCGAAUGUGCAAACUCCGACGGAGGAGGAGGAGGAGUAGCAAGAAGAUGGGAAUCUUGGGUUCCAAGAAAUAUUGGUGGGUUUUCGCCGGAGAGGGUUUUCAAGCUGAUCUCAGGCGCCACUUCCAGCCCUAUAUGCCAGUUCAUCGACUCUCCCAAAACUUUUCUGCACUCCCUCGACCCAAGAAUCAAACUGGCAUGGCUUUUAGUUCUUGUUAUCCUGCCAGCUAGGUCAAAUAUUUACAUGCGCCUUGGAUUAGUUUUGUACCUAAGCCUCUUGUCAGUAUGGAUUCUCCCAAGACAUGUUUGGAUGGAUCAAUUAGGAAGAGUGGCUUUCCUUUCAGGAAUCUUAUUCAUUAUGCUUGGGUUUGGUUCAGAUGGAGUACCCCCAGUUGUUCAGUUAAGAACUCCUCCCCCUUCUAUGAUGGGCUUGUCAAGUCUCCCUUCAUCAUUGGCAGGUUAUUCUUACACAAUCAUGAAGAUUGGACCAUUACAGCUUACAAGAAAAGGCUUGUCUCUAGCUAGUACCUCUGCAUGUUUAUCCUUUACCAUCUUUCAAAGUGCUAGUCUAUGCCUGGCGACAACAACCCCUGAGCAACUAGCAUCUGCGUUGCAGUGGUUCAUGGCUCCUUUGUCACUUAUUGGUGCUCCAGUUGCUGAAAUAAUUCUCACUCUACUACUUUCAUUGAGAUUCAUCAAUCUAGUUUUUGACGAGGUAAGAAAUGCGGCUUUAGGGAUUGUAGCACGUCGAAUAUGUUGGCAGCAGUUGGCAGUAACCGAAACAAUAGAUGUUUUCUUUAUGUAUAUCCGUCGGAUUUUCAAAAAUAUUUUUAGUCAUGCUGAGCAAAUCUCCAAGGCAAUGAUUGCACGAGGUUUUCUUGGUGAUAGCAAUGCGCACAAGAUUUACUUAUUUUCUGAAUCGAAGUUUGGGUUCAUAGAUUUGUUUUCCUUGUUCUGCCUCUUCAGUGUAAUAUUUGCUGCCAUUCUAUCCGAACUGGUCAUGGCCUAGCACACUGUAUCCAUAUGGCACAAGGGCUAAUUGCACAUAGACCCCCUCUAGCGUCGUUGUUUUGGACUUACUCUGUAGUUUCCUUGUUGCAGAUAGACCCCUUCCUUUAAUUCUUUUUGACUUUUUUACCCUCAGAUAAACUCACUAAUUUCACCUUGGGGUGAUAGCUGUCAAGUUUACGGAGGGUAAAAGAGAGGGGUAAAAAAUUAACCAAGGGGUCCAGCUACAUGAAUGAAACUACAGGGGGUGUAAGUUUAAAACAACGAUGGUACCACAAGGGGUGUAUGUGCAAUUAACUCUUUACAGGAGUCAUGAGCAAUUGAUUAUUCUCAGGGUUCAAAAGCAUUAACUGCACGCAAGAUUGUUACUCAAUAGCGUGGAUAUUUACAAGAUUUAUCUUAUCCAUUCUGACCUGCAAAAACUUGGGAGGGUCAUCGAAUUGAAGAAAUGAUCUUUACAAGAACCAGCUGUCUCCAUGUAGGCUUGGUUGCAUAUCAUGGUGAUCAUGGAUACUAUAAUUUGAUAUUCAUAGUAUCAUAUCAGGAUAAUUUGAUAUUUGUAGUAUCAUAUCAGGCUUAUAUUCUUUUUGAUGCAGCUUUGAAUGAAUUUCCUUCCAGAGGAAAUAGCUAGCUGAGCCUUCUACUCGGCCAAUUUGUCGAGAUGGUUGUUGUGCACGUGCACGUGCACGUGCAAACUUUGUUCAUUUGAAAAUGCGGUUUUUCUGAGGUUUUCAUGUCUGAGGUCUUUUAGGAGCCAAUUCAGGAAUCAAGUUUCAUACAUGUAAUUCGCAAAUAAGUGUUGUCCAAUAUAUGUUUCAUGAAAAAAAGAAAAAAAAAGGUGAUCAUGGUUUAAUCUUCUCGGUGUAAGAUAAUAGGGGAAUGCAAUCGGAAUACUACAAGACAGGCUCUUUCUAUGAACUGCAAUCAAGAGGCAUGUUUUUUUUUUUAAUGCUCAGACUAAGUUUAUAUUCAGUACUAUUAAGAAAGGGGUAUUAUACUGAGAACA